AACGAAUUCUUUAAGUAAAUAUGUAGUCGCGUAUUUUGCAGAUGAAAAAAUGUGAAAUAAUUCGGUAAUUGGAUGUUUUUGUUUGUAAUUACAAGCGGGAUAUCCGCCGAAUUUGCUUAUCACAAACACUUAGAAUUCGCAAAAACCAUGUAAAUAGUAGGUUUCUACAAGAAAUAUUCUGCAACAAACAAAUCGUAUUAAAAAAAAAAAAAUAAAGGAAAAAAAGAAUCAUAAAUAUAGGAGAGCUACAUACGUCUCACAAAAAAAAAAGUAGUAGAGACAUUAUUUAUAAAAAAAUACAAAAAUUUCUGCGACGCAACAACAACCGAAAAUGGAGGAAGAGACACUUGAACGGGCAUUCCGGGCGUUUCUGGACCAAAAAGACCUCAAAUCCGCAGCAACUGCCUUCGACGAAGUGAUGAGCAAGAAAAAUUGUCCAUCGGAUGCGAUGAACACUGCGCUGCUGGGGCGUUCGAUGGUCUGUUUCGAGUCAAAAGAGUACAAGGAAGUCCUUAGCUACACAAACCAACUCGUCAAUUCGCUUCGGAACGCAAAAAAUACCGAACUGACGGUAUGCCUUGCGAGAAAUUUCAGCGUUCGAGCAUCGGUUUUGCUAAAAGAUCCCGAACCGCUGAUGCAAGAUGCGAAAAAACUCGUCGAGACACUAAAAUCCCUCGAGCAAAGUGACAAAUUGACAUCGUUGGCAACCAAAAUCGAUGAAAUUUUGGAUAAAUCCACGAAUGAGCAACUUAAGAGCGUCUUUUCGAAAGAACACGAAGAAAUUGGGGACAUUUGUAAAGAGAUUCAUGACAUUCUCGUCACGGAACUCCCCUUGGAUGAGCACACAAAGUGGCUACGGAAGCGAGAAACGACCCAAAAUGGCGAAACGAAGGAAGAAAAUCUCGCGAAAAAGGUCGAAACUGCGCUGACUGUGAAUGAAGUUGACGAGAAAUCGAGCGAAAGCAAUUCUUGCACGUAUUGCGGCAUCAGUUUCAGUGAUAAAACCGAAUUGCGAUUGCAUUGUCAAACGCAGGAGCAUCAAAAUGUUCUCAUGUCAGACGAGGGUCGCGAAUGGAAAUGGCGCCCUCCCCCGCGAGGCCAUUCCGCGGAAUCGUAUUCGCUGUGUGAUAACUUUGUCGAGAACGCAAUUUGCCAUUAUGGCAAUCAAUGUGCUGACGCGCACGGCACUGACGAGCUCAACGAAUGGAAAGAACGUCUCGAAUACCGCAAAACGCGCCUUCAACGAGCCCGCGAAACCGAAUUAUACGGCAAAACGUACACGGAGCAACUUUUGGACAAAUGGUAUUCCGCCUCGAGCCCCGAAAAAGUGAUGAAAGAAAAGAUCGAGGGCGUCGACGAAAGUUGCUCAAGUGAACUUGUGACUACCGUUUCGUCAAAAACAUCGAAACGCGAGUGGGUUUUUAUGCUUCGCACGAAAAAAUCCAUCAAAGCAGUCGCGCUAAUGCAAGAUUUGCACCGAAAUCACUUCGUUAUUAAACAAAUACUGCCGGCUGAUGUUCGAGCAAAGAAGGGCGGCAAAGAAGCUGAACUCACGUCAGAUCAGGAAUGGGUUGCUCCGGCGACGGAAAAUAAACCAGAGACGGAAAAUACGACAGUUAAUCUCGAACAUCGCGUGAAAAUUGUCUUUUCGACGGAUAUUUAUGGAACAUUUCGUCAAUCGGUGGUUUUUGAUUUCGGCACGGAGCCCGUUUUGGUCAAGCAUAUUUGUGUGGAUGUCAUUCCCGUAACGGAUGCGGACAAAAUUCAGGAAAUUAAGAAGGAAAUUGUGAAUACGACGGCGGAAAGAUGGUGCGAAGACAACGCUGAUGUCGUUUAUUAUCAACAAACGUCGGGCGCGCAUCUCCAAAAUGCCCAAUAUUUGGCGGAUGUUGCCCGGGAGAAGGAUUUGUUCGAACGAUAUCCGUGUCCGAGAGCGUCGACGUUCGUUUUGACGCAAACUACGAUCACGGAGAAGAAAUUAACGCGACACAAUUACAGAUCGCGCAUGCACGAGUUGCUCUACGUCGAAGAAAUUGCCCGUUACGAGCAAAUUGCGCGCUAUAAUCUCACAGCAUCACUAAAAAUCACGACAAAUUACCUUCUGACGCCGAGCGGGAUGGCAACAAGCACUGCCAAAUAUUCGCAUUCGGGAGAAUUGUUCGCGCUGAUGAACUUGAGCAAAGAUGUCUCCGAAGAUACCUCCGCCGGGCGAUUAAUUCUCAAUAAUUGCGCUUCGGUUUACGUUUCGUCGAAGGAUCCGCCUCCUGCGGGCGAAAAAAGAAAAAUCUACGAAGCUGUCAUCGAAGAUAAGGGCAAAAAUAUGAUUUACCUGAAACUUUCUGCGGCGGCGGUGACUGGAUUGGGCCUCAAACCCGACACGGAAUUCACGGGAGACAUUCAAUUUCUCCCAAAUCGCCUGUCGUACUGCGAAUGGCAUCAAGCCAUCGACAAAAUUACGGAUUACAAAAUAAUUUUUCCCGAAACGACAGUCGAGCCGAGUAUUCCGUGGACCCCAACGCGACAAUGGGACUCAACGUUAGACCCCAAACUCAACGCCAAGCAAAAAGAAGCGAUUAUGGCAAUUACGACAGACAUGAAAUACGCGCUGCCGCCAAUUUUGUUGAUCGGACCUUUUGGCACGGGGAAGACUUUUACACUGGCGCAGGCGAUUAAACAACUUUUGCUGCAACCCGAUGCGCGAAUUCUCAUUUGUACGCACAGUAACUCAGCUGCAGAUCUUUACAUUAAAGAUUAUUUGCAUCCUUGGGUAGAGGCGGGCUGUGAAGAGGCACGACCCCUGCGUGUUUAUUAUCACAAGAGAUGGGUCGCAACGGUGAACAAUAUCGUACAAAAGUAUUGCUUGAUCGAUUUGAAUGUGAAUAUGAGGAAUUUUAGGCGUCCGAGUGCGGAGGAUAUUCUCAAGCAUCGCAUUGUUGUCGUUACUCUCAGUAUUUCCAUGGAAUUGGCAUCGCUGGAUUUGCCAAAAGGUCACUUUACACAUAUUUUACUCGACGAAGCUGCUCAAGCAAUGGAAUGCGAAGCAAUAAUGCCAUUAGCGCUCGCAAGUGAAAACACCCGCAUCGUCUUAGCUGGCGAUCACAUGCAAAUGUCUCCCGAAAUCUUCUCCAACUUCGCCAAGGAACGUCGUUUGCACAUUUCGCUACUUGAACGCUUGUACGAUCACUAUCCAUCGGAUUUCCCGUGCAAAAUCCUCCUUUGUGAGAAUUAUCGAGCACAUGAAGCCAUCAUCAAAUACACGUCGGAGCUCUUUUACGAGCAAAAAUUGGUUGCAUCAGGUCGAAUCCCGAAACACGAAAAAUUCUAUCCGCUCACUUUUUUCACGACGCGCGGCGAAGAUGUUCAGGACAAAAAUUCGACGACAUUUUACAACAACGCCGAAGUGUACGAAGUGGUUGAACGCGUUUGUGAGCUGCGAAAAAAAUGGCCCAGUGCAUGGGGAAAAAUUAAUGAUCAAAGUAUUGGAAUUAUGACGCCGUAUGCGGAUCAAGUGUUUCGCAUCAGAUCCGAGCUGAGAAAACGUCGGAUGGCGGGAAUUAGUGUUGAAAGAGUUUUAAACGUGCAAGGAAAGCAAUUUCGAGCGAUUUUCUUGUCAACUGUGAGAACAAGACGAACUUGCACAAAUAACAAGGACACAAAUUCGAACGAGGAAGUCGAUUAUGGAUUUUUGAGCAAUUCGAAAUUACUCAACACAGCAAUCACGCGAGCUCAAAGUCUCGUUGCUGUGGUCGGAGAUCCAAUUGCCCUGUGUUCGAUCGGGAAAUGUCGCAAAAUUUGGGAACGUUUCAUCGAAAUUUGCAAUCAAAACAAGAGUUUGUUCGGAAUUACGUGGUCUCUGCUCCGUUCGCAGCUCGACGGUGUCGAAUUGAAGAAAACUUACGUCUUGAAUCCGCUUGCGCCGGAAUUUAUUCCUCGCGCGCUGCAACACGAGGCAUAUUUGCGACAUCAAACGGACCAUUACAGUCAUUAUCAUCAUCCGAAUCAGUAUCAUCACUCGCAUCAAAAUCACUUUCAGAACUACCAUCCGCCCCAUAAUUAUCGCAAUGCGGGAGGACCGCCGCAUAACAUGAUGUCACAUCCGAAUAUGCCGCCCGGCGGUAUGAAUCACAAUCAAAUUGGACCUCCGGCAUACGGGAAUGGGCCUGUUCCGCAUGGCAUGCAUCCAAAUUUGGGUCCGGGACAUCCGCCGCCGCCGCAGGGACCAAAUUCGCAACAGUUUCCUUAUCAGAAUCCGCUCUACUAUCAAAAUCAGCAAAUGAUUCGCGGGCCUCCGCCUAAUUUGCAGGGUCCGCAACCCAAUGCGGGACCUCCGAUGCCCUUUAGAUCGACAGGUCCCGGAUUUGUGAAUCAAACGCCUCCGAUAAACAUGAUGAAUCAACAACAUGCGCCGCGAACAAUGAAUAUGAAUCAAAAUCACAUGUAUCAUCAACCGAAUUUACUUCCUCCGAGAGGACCUCCGAAUCAAUUUCAUCCAGAAUUACAAGUUCCUCCCGUUCAAAAUGUUCGUAACCAAUUACCGCCUCCGCAACAACCUCCCUUACGAAGUCCCGGAUCUCACAAUCUCCAAAUGCCUUACGGAAUGCAAAAGACACAACAGGCGCCUUAUUUGCCGCCGCCGCCGCAACAACAAACGCCCAAUCAAAUGUUCGCGCCAUCCCAACAAAACGCAUUGCCGCCCAAUUUACGUCAAUCCGCAGCGCCGCAAAUGAGUCCGGCACCUCCGUACGCCCAGCAUUUCAACCAAGAGCAUCACAUUGGAGCUCCCUUGCCGAACGACAUCCUGAACUCGAUGCGAAAUAACGCCGCUGUGGCCCAGCAACAAGUCGUUCAGCAAAAAAUGCCGUAUCCGUCACUCGAUCAACAAGCAUCGCAGGCACGUCAUGUCGAGAACAAAGAUUUUACUUUUCUCCAAAAUGUACAUUUUCCCGAAAAAUUGCCGCAAAUUCAACAACAACCCCCGUCGCAUGUUCAUCAAAGUCAUUUGUCGUCGCAACAACAGCUUCAGCCCCAUCAUGGCGCUUCGCAAAAUCAUCUUCAUUCGAAUUUCGGAGGAAGUCACACGAGCGAUUUAAGUAGUCUUUUGCCGCCGAACAUGAGUUUUUACGAAAUGGCGCUCGAAUCGAAGGAUAUUCAGCUGAAAUGGUUCCUUCGCUUGAUGGAAACGCAAGGAAUCGAAGCAGCCAAUAAAUUUACGGAAAUUUUGAGACAAGUCCCGAAUCUCAUGUCGAAUUCCGGCAUGAAUAAUCAUCAACAGCAACCGAUGAUGCCACAAAAAACGGAAUCUGCCAACGAUUUGGAGCUCGAUAACUUUUUCGAUAAUUUGCCGCAACCCUUGCUGAAAGACAUUCUCGGCUUAUCGACAAGUAACGCACCGAAUUUGGGUUCAACAGCAUCUCACGGAACGGGUUUGGGUUCUUCACAUCUCCUCGGAAACGGAAUUAUGGGAAGUCAUUCGUCCAAAAGUAGCGUCGACAGCGAAUUAAAGGAUUCGCAUCAAUCGGUGCCGCUUUAUCGACGUCAAGCAGGGCAAAGUUACAGCAGUAGCAUGGCAUCAUCGACCUCCGCAUCGACAAAAAAUCACUCAAUUGCGUCAUCGACACCCGACAUUCUCGAGACAAACUUUUUCGAGUCGAUUGAAAAAUUAUCGCAAAAUUUCACGACGUCACUUUUCAAUCAGCAAACCUUCAAUAACGACCAUAAUGGCUUCCAAGCAGGCCUUCCGCCAUUACAGCAACUUCUGAAUCAAGCGAAUUCGCAAUUUUCGCAUCAUCCCGCGAAUAGUCAGCAACAACCACGUAUGAUGAACAUGGGAAGUCAUCAAAUGUCGAGUCAAAAUGUGCAGCAGCAGCAGCAACAACGCGCCAACGAAUCUGUCGAGGAAAUGCUUAAUCGUCACAAUUCGACGACAUAUGCGAGCGUUUUGAGUGGCGCGGGCGCAGGUAAGCAACCGUCAGCGAAUAAUCAUGGGAAAGAGGAUCCGGAUAAAGAUCCAUUUACUGCUAAUUUGUGUGCUUCUCGCAAAAGUAAUGGAUUUUACAAUUAUUUUCAAUAAAAUAAUGUUAAAUGAUAGAGAAAAAACAAGAAAAAAACAUAAAAAAUAAACAUUAAUGUUAGAAAUUAGUUCAUAAACGUAAAAUUAUAAAAGAAAAAAAAAAUAAAAAUUAUAACAUUAAUUAAUAUAAUAUUCAGAUGUAUACCCAAGA